AUGGUUGUCACUCGAUCUGCCACACACGCGACACAGCGAAACUCGAAAUCAGAUCCUGUCAAAACAAAAGCAACAAGAGCAAAAUCGAAGGCCACAAAAGCAAAAGCAAAAGUGGCAAAGAGAAAUGUUACGAAUUCACAGAUGAAAAAGUCAAAAACCACCGAGUCCAACCUACCGACAACUUUGCAAGGCUUCGGCAAAAGUCAGAACGGCGGCUUGAUGGAGUGGAUAUCGCUCGAAGUCUUGGCCGAUGGCGCGGUCCCGAACGUCGACGAGUACUUCAGUAUCUUACAAGAACUGAAACGAAAGAAAUCUUGCCUGAUCGUGGGAAGCUGCGAAGACCAAUUCAGGCAGGAAGAGACCUGGUGCGGCCCAGGAACGCCACAACAAAGACCCAGACAUCCAAUGGACGGGUUUCUUUCCAAGAACCGUGGAUGGAUGGAGAGCACAGUUGAGUACCGUGGCCAAGCUGCUCGACAGCUGGUAUACUACUUCGGAUUUGAAGAUGAAGAAUCGGAGCGGCACUACUUGGAAGGAAUGAAAUGGAGAAAGCGGAAUCUCGGCAUGGUCGAGUAUGAUUCCUUCCAUGUUCGAUUCUUGGAGAUUCUGGAACAUGUUGUAGCGGAAGACGCGGUUUUCUUGUCUUUUUCCGCUCCGAUUGCGUUUGAUAAGUCUACAGAGGCGAAGUCGCCUUGGGAUAUCUCCGCAAUGUAUGGGACGAGCUAG